CAGUCACACACACCCAUCGUGAAAUCAAUUCAAUAUAUAAAUACCAAAAACCCUCGAAUAUAUCUCUCCAUAAUUCAGCCGCAAAUUGAUCUCUCAUCAAAUCUCGGAAAUCAUGGGAGAUUACGGUGAUGCUUUGAAUCGUAAUGUUAGCGUUCAGGCGCGUACCAAACAACAAAACCGCGCCAAUCUUAUGCAGAUGAAAUUGAUUGGGCAGAGUCAUCCUACGGGAUUGACGAAUAAUCUUUUGAAGCUUUUUGAGCCAAGACCUCCUUUGGAGUAUAAGCCUCCACCUGAGAAGAGGAAGUGUUUGCCAUACACAGGUAUGGCGCAGUUCGUUGGCAACUUCGCUGAGCCAGGUGAUCCUGAAUAUGCUCCACCAGUUGAGAAGGGUGAAACACCGAGCCAAAAGAAGGCUAGGAUUCACCAAGCACGGCUUGCAGAAGGUGCAAAAAAGGCUGCCGAGGAGCUUGAGAAAUUCCAUCCGGAUGCAGACCCAAAUAUAUCUGGAGAUCCAUACAAGACGUUGUUUGUAGCUAGGCUUAAUUAUGAGACAACUGAGAGCAAAAUCAAAAGGGAGUUUGAGGCAUAUGGGCCCAUCAAACGGGUUCGGUUGAUUGCUGAUAAAGAUACAAACAAACCGAGAGGAUACGCUUUUAUAGAGUACAUGCAUACACGUGAUAUGAAAGCUGCAUAUAAACAAGCUGAUGGAAGGAAGCUAGAUAAUAGAAGGGUGCUUGUGGAUGUUGAACGUGGUAGAACCGUUCCCAAUUGGCGACCACGUAGACUUGGCGGUGGACUUGGAACAACCAGGGUUGGAGGUGAAGAAGUCAACCAGAGGUAUUCCGGAAGAGAGCAACAGCAAUCAGGGGGGGCUCCUAGAUCUGCAGAACCAAAAGUACAUGAGGAAAGAGACAGGGAGAGGGAAAAAUCCCGUGAAAGGGUAAAAGAAAGAGAACGUGAGAAGUCUCGUGAGCGGUCUCAUGAUAAGCCAAGGGACCGAGAACACCGGGAAGAUAGGCACCACCGAGACAGAAAGUCAGACAGGGCAGAUAGGGACAGAGACCGUAGUGGUCGUGAUCGUGACAGACACCGAGACCGUAGUGAUCGUGGUCGUGAUCGUAGUGGCCGUGACCGCCAUCGUGACAAGGAUCGGGAGGGCGAUGCUGAACCUAUGGACCUUGAUCGUGGCCGUUCUCGUGAUAAGGACUAUGAAUAUGAUAGACAUGAGCGAGACAAGUAUGGGGAUAGGCAAAAAAACUAUGACCAUGGGGAUCCUGAUGAGGAUUGGUAUGAUCCAACUGAACAUGGGAACAAUAAGCGGGCUGAUCCAGUCCAUGAACCAGCAGGUUAUGACUACUAUGAUCACCCAGAAGAUGUAGCGCGGUAUCAACAUGAGCGUAAUGAUGAUCGUUAUAAUCUGCGUAUGGAGGAAGAUGAUGACUAUGAACCAAUGAAGGCUGAACCACGUGACAAAGAUUAUAGGCGAUCCGACAGGUCACACUCACGUGACUACUAAAUCUUAGCCAGCUCUAUAUCUACUUUGCAAAUUAUGAUAUGCCUUUUUUUUUGUUGUGUUCUCUCAGCCUGGUUUUCUGUUUUGGACUCCACAGUCGGACGGGUUUUAUGGAUGUUGGCAUUGUUUUUCAUGUUCCAUGCUUUUAGAGAAUUGUAAUGCGUUAACUUGUCUAUUGUUUUUUAGAGAUUUGUAAUUUUUUGCUUUGUGGUUUAUGAUCACUAUCAGUCAAAUCUAUCUCCCUCUUAAAAGAGGGUGUGGGGAUUAUUAUUGUUAUUGUUAUUAUCUUUUGCA